UUCCCUAUAUUUCAAAAAUCAAAAGUAAUCACAACUCAUAUUUCCAUUUCCUCCCCUUAUACCUCUUUGUGCUUCUUCCACUCUCCUUUCUCCUUAAAGCUAAAAUGGCAUACUCAAAGGUGAUUAUUGCUCUAAUGUUGGCGUUUGUCGCCGGAUCUGCUUUCGCACAGGCACCGGGAGCAUCUCCGGCAGCUUCUCCGAAGAGUUCUCCGGCACCGGUAGCAUCACCACCAGUGGCGACUCCCCCUCCUACUACAUCAACACCACCUAUCGUUGCCCCUGCAAAUCCUCCUACUACUGCAUCUUCUCCAUCCGAUUCUCCAUUAGCAUCUCCACCAGCUCCACCAACUGCCGAGACUCCGUCGUCGUCUCCUUCCGGUGCUGCUUCUCCUCCGUCCAUCGGUGCCGCUCCCGGAGGUUCUCCUACCGAAUCUCCUAACUCUGCUUCCUUGAACAGAGUCGCCGUCGCCGGAUCUGCUGUUGCAGCUGUCUUUGCUGCUGCAUUGAUGCUCUAAAUCUCUGAUCUGUGAGAUAUUUGGCAUUUGCAUUCGCCGGAAUUGAUUAGUUAGGGUUUGUUUUCCACUGUGUUUUUGUUUACCAAUUCUUUUUGAGUUUCGAGUUCCGCUGUUGAUUUAUUUGUAUUAUAUAUUUUUAUUGUUAAAUAUUAUUACGGGAAUUUUUAUUUUAUUUA